AUGAGUAAUUCGGAAGAAAACUAUCCUAAAACCUUAUAUGUAGGCAACCUGGAUGUCUCGGUGACUGAGGACCUUCUUUGUACCUUAUUUUCGCAAAUCGGAUCCGUUAAGGGUUGCAAGAUUAUUCGGGAACCCAAUAAUGAUCCUUAUGCAUUUGUUGAGUUUGUGAAUCAUCAAGCCGCAUCAACUGCUUUAAUUGCAAUGAAUAAGCGCCAUGUUUUGGAAAAAGAAAUAAAGGUAAACUGGGCCACUUCACCUGGCAAUCAACCGAAGCAGGAUACUAGUAGUCAUCACCAUAUAUUUGUAGGGGACCUAAGUCCCGAAAUUGAAAUGCAUACAUUAAGAGAAGCUUUUGCGCCAUUCGGAGAAAUUUCGAAUUGUCGAAUUGUUAGAGACCCCCAGACAUUAAAAUCAAAAGGUUAUGCAUUCGUUUCGUUUGUUAAAAAAGCUGAAGCUGAAAGUGCUAUUCAUGCUAUGAAUGGACAGUGGCUUGGCAAUCGAAGUAUUCGUACUAAUUGGUCUACGAGAAAGCCUCCGCCACCUCGUACAGAAAGGUCAAGGCAAGGAAAUGCCAAAGCUGUGUCCUAUGAAGAGGUUUAUAAUCAGUCUAGCCCAACCAACUGUACUGUAUAUUGUGGCGGUUUUACCAAUGGAAUAAAUGAAGAUCUCAUCGAGAAAGCAUUCUCUAGAUUUGGAACUAUACAAGAUAUUAGGUCAUUUAAAGAUAAAGGAUAUGCUUUUAUCAGAUUUUCUACAAAAGAAGCGGCUACCCAUGCUAUAGAAGCAAUGCAUAAUGCCGAAAUAAAUGGUCAACAAGUGAAAUGCUUUUGGGGAAAAGAAUCGAGCGAUCCUGCUACUGCUCAAAAUGCUCAACAGCCACAGCAGGUUCAACAAUCAGGGUCUUCUGUAGCGGCAGCCAAUGCUCACUAUCCAUACCAAACAUAUACUGAAGUGGGAUACUGGUAUCCACCGGGAACCUAUCAAGCUCCACCAGUAACAGCAGCUGCACAAAUGCCAGGUCAAUAUUUACAAGGUGUACAACCACAUUAUGCUGCAGCUUAUGGUCAGUUUCCUUAUCAGCCUCAAGGUGCUUAUCGUGUGGUGCCAGCUGGCUGGCAGGGAAUUCCGACUCCUGUCGCAGGCCCACCACCAGGUACCAACAUGCCUCAAACCAUGAUGGCUUAUACAAUGCCUCAGUUUCAAACGCAGUGA